GCCAUCAAAUCACUCUCAUUUUUUCUCCCCAGGAGCCUUCAAUCAUCGUUCUGAAGAGUCAAAAUGAUCAUCAUGAGACGCCGCUCUUUAGGUUCAAUUUCGGAGUGCUACUCCUGGAAGAAUGCUCUCAUUGUCAGUGCACUUAUCCUCGGUGGCAUUGGGCUCUUCUUCCAGCGGGGAGGCAACAACCAAGAUCUAGGGUUCCUCCUCCAAGCACAGGGGUCUUCUCGCAUGACAUCGACGACAACGACACCAUCGAUCCGAUCAACUUCACAUGCUAACGAUCAGAAUUCGCUCUUGACUACUGACACAGCCGAUCAACUCAGCGCCGCCAAUGCCGAACGGCGGGAUUUCUACGAAGUUGCAAGCAGCACAGGGACGGACAAAGUUUGGGGACCACGACGACUCAAAGAGUGCCUUCAAGACAAUUCGAAAUGUGUUCGCCCAGACAUGAUCGCUCCCAAGUGUCGGACAGGUGCCGGCCAUUUCUAUCAUACUCUAUAUAAUCGUUGGCUGGGAGAGUAUUCCACCGACAAUGCUGAACCCUUCCAGUUCUUGGAAGUAGGAUUUUACAAUGGACGCGGUUUUGACGCUUAUAAAAAGUUCUUGCCAAGAGCUGAAACACACAGUAUGGAGAUUGCCUGUAUCGAACCUGGUCCCAGGGCAGAGGGAAAAUGGCCAUGGGGGAACUUUGCGUCCAAGAAUCCAAACUAUCAGCACUAUUUGGAUACCAAGCAGUUGCAUUGUGGAGACGCCAGUGACUAUGACUUUCUUCACAAUAUUUGGACUACGCAAAUGAAACGACCCGAUGCUCCACCGCUAAAGGUGGUGAUUGAUGAUGGAGCUCAUUUGGCACAGCACAUGGCAACAAGUCUGUUCUUUUGGUUCCCACGCAUUGAACCCGGUGGCGUGCUGAUUGUGGAGGAUAUUCAGCCCAUUGCAGAGGCUAAUAAUUUUAGAACUCACGUUCUACCACAGGUCAUGAAAGAUCUUCACUUCUGUGGAGACCCUAGAUUCCAGGACGAAAUGUGCUUUCCAACCAUUCAACCUUUGCUGCAUUCGGUCCAUUGCGAAAUGCAUAUCUGUGUUUUCGAAAGGAACGAUCAGCCUGCGGUGGAAUACAGCAAAGAGUUGAGCAUGCCUCCAAAGAAUACAUUUGAUGCAGCUUCCUGCUUGUUCUAUAAACCAGAAGCGAAGGCAAGCCUUUGAAACGCCAACUAUGACGCUUCAGUAGUUUGGAACUAUUGAGUUCGGUGCGUUACCUCUAAGUUCAUUUCUAGUACCAAGUGAUACUAGACCCCUUGUUGCAGCACUUGUAGACUUGUGGCAAGUUGACGCGUUCAACGAGACCAAACCCAUGAUAUGGAGGUGGCAGAAAUCAAUUCUAGUCCAAGGGCACAGGAAACUGUAUGUGUGCGCGCCAAUUUAUUUAAGUCAGCUUGAGGGCAGGGCCAAUACGGUAGAAGUAGUUUUGUAGGUCUCCAACAUGGCAGACUCGACUCGACUCGACUCGACUCAGCCCAUAUGGCAGGUUCACUGCGCUUCUUCUUGGCAAUCAAACACAACCUUUCUCCUCACGGCUUGUGCGGAUUGUUCUGUUUCAAACUGGAAGGCAUCCUGGAAUCUGUCAAGAGAGAAGAUCUCAAUGGGUGGGCAUUGUACUCCCUUAUCCAGUACAAGACCUGCCAACUCAUCCACCAUUUUCUU